GAGUAUUUCAUUUCACAUUCAUCGACAUGGGUACAUAAUAAAACAAAAAAGCUUUUUUCAACAUAUUCAACUAAUAAACAAAUAAAUAAAUGAAAUUCAAAUGAAAAAAUUACAAUUUCAUGUGAAUCUUUGUACGAAUUCACUUCACUUCAACUGUUUUGUAUUCAUUUCAACACUAUGGAUUUUGUUUUUAUAUUCACCGUUAAUAAACUGUGCUAAAUUUGAUUACAAAUGGAACCAACGUGUAAAUCCUUAUAAUAAUAAUAAUAACAACAGCUAUGAAGGCACGAGUAUUUAUUUUACAAGAAAUAAUCAACCUAGUGGGAGUUCUUUAUCACCUUUCAAGGUACAAAGAGGUAUUAGAUAUACUUCUUCUCAAGUCAGUAAUCCAUGGCAUCAUUCUUACAGAAAUCAGGCCUAUCGAAAUCAUUUAUCCCAACAACCAACUGCAUAUGAAUACCAGCGACAUCAAAAACCCUAUUUAGAAAAUUCCAAUCAAGUGUAUACUUAUCAUUCAAAUCCAAUAAGAAAAUAUUCUCAGGAUUGGUGGAGAAAUAAUUAUCUAUCUGGGAAGUAUUCAGGUAAACCUGAUGAUUAUAGGAGAAGAAAUCAAUCGCCAACUGACAAACAAGUUAAUGACUUUGUCGGUAAUUAUCCUGAAGACGACAAAUCACCUGUAGAUAAUUCAAACAAAAAUGAACAGGAUAGCAUAAAGUAUGAAAAUACUAACAAGAAUUUUAUUUCACCAAUUAAUCGAAGAAAUCAUGUUUGGAAUGAAAAAGAACAAUACUGGGGCUAUGCACCAAAUUCACAUGCCAGACAAUGGGGUACUGAAAGUUCUACUUACUUAUGGUCUCAGAGUGCUGGACAAUUUAAUGAAUGUAUACCACCAUUUUGCAUCCCAGCGGAAUGUGAUUAUUCUGUUCAAGGUGGAACUAAUUGUGUUCAGCAACCUCCAUGUAUUGGGCCUAAUCUAUGUUAUCAGAAUGAUUCAUUAUGCAUACAAGGUAAUCAAGGCAAGCCAUGCAGUGUAAUGAAUUCAACAGUAUGUAAACAGAGGUUUAAUUUAGACUGUAGUUUUGGAUGUGUCAUGAAUGGUUCUAAACCUUUGGAUGUAUUGUGUGUGUGUAAUCCCUGGUCAACGCCAAAUAAUGAAUCAUCCUGUGUCUCAGUUAAUUUAGAAAUAUUCAAGUGCCCCUCUGGAUGCAAUGGUAGGGGUCACUGUGAUCCAGAAACCAAGAAAUGUAUAUGUUACCCUGGAUUCACGGGAGAGUCUUGCGAAAUAGAACCCAGGUGUCCACCAGGCCUUACUGGAACUAACUGUGAGUACGACAUUGAUGAAUGCUUGAGUGGUAAGAGUGGGUGUGAACAACGUUGUAUCAAUACUUACGGUUCAUUUCGCUGCGCCUGUGAAAAUGGUUAUAUAAUUUCUCAAGAGGAUCCAAGAAGGUGUAAACCAUCAGAGUGCUUAUCAAGGUGUCCUAUUGGAAGAGGAAAAUGUGAACAAACGGGUAUAUGCGAGUGUCUUCCAGGUUACGAAGGAAAAUGGUGUGAAUCAGAUGUAGACGAAUGCAGGUUAGGUACGCAUAAAUGUGAUCACAUUUGUAUUAACACCCCUGGAUCUUAUCUAUGUGAAUGCCAUUCAGGUUAUAAGCUGGACACAACCAACAGGAAGAGUUGUCAUGCUGUAGAAUGUAAUCCUAGGUGUGUUCCAAACCAGGGAUUUUGUUCAGAUGACAGUAAAUGUAUUUGUAGACCAGGAUUCACUGGAAUAGACUGUGGGGAAGACAUAAAUGAGUGUCAAGCUGGAACACAUAAUUGCCCUCAAAGGUGCAUUAAUACACAUGGAUCUUUUAAGUGUGAAUGUUUUGAAGGUUACGAAGCACAAAACAACGAUGGUUUGGUAUGCAUUUCUAAAUGUAGCUCAAGAUGUGAAUCUAAUCACGGGAGAUGUGACCGUAACGGGAAAUGUGUGUGUCGUCAUGGCUUUACAGGUCCUGACUGCUCCAAAGAUAUAAAUGAAUGUGAAAUAAUACCCAAGAUUUGUGUACAAGGAUGUGUCAACACUUAUGGAGCAUACUACUGCACAUGUGAUGAAGGCUACCACCAGGAUCAUCGAGGUGGAUGUCUUCCGAAUAAGUGUAAUCCUGAAUGUGUUCAUGGACAGGGUGAGUGUUUAUCCAAUGGGACAUGCCUCUGUCACUCUGGUUUUAAAGGGCAGUCGUGUGAGACGGAUAUUGAUGAGUGUAAAGAAGGCAAGCACAAUUGUCAGCAUGAAUGCAUAAAUGUCCCUGGCUCAUUCAAAUGUUCAUGUCACUCUGGUUAUAAAAUAUCUACAAAAGACCCAUCAAAAUGUGAACCAAAUUCUUGUCCCCCUCACUGCGUUAUGGAGAAUGGGAAAUGCAAAUGUGGGUGUUACCCAGGGUACACAGGACCUGGUUGCAAGCAUGGCGUGGAUUCAUGCUCCAUUAAACCAUGUGAUCAAAUCUGUGUGGAUUUGGGUGAAGGUAAAUAUGUAUGUAAAUGCAGUGACGGAUUUGAACCAAGCCCAAGCAAUCCAAGACGAUGUCAACGUAUAUGUCGAGAUGGUUUUGAUUGUGUCUAUGGAAACUGUCGUACUGUAUUCACAAAUGACACAGAUCAAACACUGUGUACUUGUAUUGAAGGAUUUGAAGGCUCACGUUGUGAAAAUGAUAUAAAUGAAUGCUUAGGUGAAAUUGGUCAAAAACAUUUGUGUGAUCAUCGUUGCAUCAAUACUCUUGGAUCAUAUCAAUGUUUUUGUGAUCCUGGUUACGAACUACAAUCCGAUGGUCGUACUUGUAGAAAACAGUUAAAACGUGAGACAGAAUGUUCUGGACGGUGUUUGAAUGGUGGUACUUGCACACCAUCUGGGGGAUGUGUUUGCCAAUCUGGUUUUGAAGGACAAUAUUGCGAAAAAAUUAAAAGUAUAUGUGAAGCACUGAAUCUAUGUGAUCAACAAUGUUUUGCUAAAGAGGAUGGCACUUAUCACUGUGGUUGUGAUCCUGGCUAUGAACUUCAAGCUGAUGGCCAUAGUUGUGUAAUGAAAUCUUCAUGUGAUUCAGAAUGUGAAAACAAUGGAAGAUGUUUUGAAGGCAGAUGUAUUUGUACAUCAAAUUUUGAAGGUGAACGAUGCGAACAAGAUAAAAAUGAAUGCCUUGAUCCAAGUUUUCAGCAUGGUUGUACUCAUCAGUGUGUUAAUACAUAUGGAUCAUACGAAUGUAUUUGCCCUCUGGGUUAUCGAAGACUUGCAGAUAAACGAACAUGUGUUAAGGAAAACGGGAUAUCAUGUGAUCCCCCGUGUCAAAACGGUGGCACAUGUCGACCUGGUAAUUUAUGCGAAUGUACACAUGGCUAUGAAGGUUUCCAGUGUGAGUUAGAUAUCAAUGAAUGUGCACGUCUUAGACCAUGUGAUCCAGAUUUUGGAAUUUGUAAAAAUACACCAGGAGGAUACAAUUGUCAAUGUGUACCAGGUUAUAAACUUAUGUAUGAUGGAAAACAUUGUAUUGAUAAUGAACGUGCAAAACAACAACCACAUUUAGUAUUUCGUGGACGAGGUUCAAAAGGCGUAGUAAUUGCCAGUCGUUUGACUAAUUCAACUAAUACAAAUCUAACAAGAUAUUAUCCACGCAGAAUGAAAAAACGUAGUCUACUAUCUGGUAUUUCUGGUCCUAUCAGAUUAAAUACUAAAAUUAUUCAAACGAAGAGAAGUCAACAAUCAUUGUUACACGGACAAAAGGACACAACGCUAUUGAAGAAAGGAGACUUAGGCAUUCUUAAAUUUAGUAGAGUAUAA